AUGGGAAAUCCAACAAGGUGUACGACGGGUAUUUGGAAAUCUUAUGAAUCUCGGCAUAGUUAUUCAACACGUUAUUUUCGCCAAUUUGAUCUAAAAAAAUCUCAAGAUGAACCACAAAUUCUGUUGGAAGCGGUGAAAAAACCUCAACAAAAAGAUCAAAAAGACGAAGAGAAUUUAGAUCCAGUAUUCUUGGAACCCGAAAGAAUUCAGCCAACACACAACGUAGUAGUCUGCGACCUAGAACUCCGAUCAUACACUAUCGGUCCUAUGGACUUUUACAUAGAUUUUAUCCGCCGCGCGGCAUUUGUACUUGGAAUACCAUGUUCUGGGCCUGCUUAUCUCCCAAAACAGAUCAAACGAUGGGCGGUUCCCCGUGGUCCAUUCAUUCAUAAAAAAACUCAAGAGAACUUUGAGCGAAUCACGCAUCGUCGAAAUUUACGACUACGCGAUGCUAAUAUGACACUGAUUGAUCGUUGGCUGUAUUAUGUGGCGAAGAAUGCGCCGGCCGGGAUUGGGUUCAAAGUGAAGAAGUGGCAGUGGGAGGAGAUUGGAGUCGGGAUGAGGAUGUUUGAAGAGGCUAGAGGAAAGGAAAGGGUGUUGUUGAAGAAUGUAGUGGAUUAUGGGGUUGUGAAUGGUGGUGAUGGUCAAAAUGUAGUUUUUGAUGCUGCGAAAGAAAUUAUUAAGGAGAUUGAAUGA